UCUCUGAGUUUUGUAUUUGGUAUGUGUUAAUACAACUCAACUGUACAAUAACAGAACAUUGUAACGAUUGUCGCACGUGUCGUUCCUUGAGGGGCCCUAUCGUUUUACGUUUCCUAAAUCAUGUCGACCGAUAACAACAAGACGUUUAACGUCAAGUGGCUGCGCCACUUUUCACGUGUAACCCCCUUCAUACUCUACAAUGAUGCGAAGGACUCUCUUCUUGUCUGUGUUGCGAAUGUCUUGUUCCUUAGGCGCAAGAUACAGGUUAACCAAGGCACAGAAACUAUUACGUUGCAGGAAAUUAUAAACCUAGUGGCACCAUUGGUUAAACGCGUCGAAUCUGAAUGGACAAUCGAGACUUUACGCAGUAUGGAAAAGGGCACUAAAAUUGAAUGCCCUCUAAAUGCUAUGACUGUAUCUAUAAAUCAAGAUAUGAUGAAAUUGCUGGGCCUUUUGUCAAUCAAUUUGUUCCACGGUUGCAUUGCUGGUACUCGUUACAAGAGUAUUGAGAACUUUACUUUCGACGACCUGCGCUACCACAUGAUGCUACACGGAAGAGGUCAGCAAAUGGAAGGUGUUCGUUUUGAGGACGCUGAGGCUACUGCUGCGGAUGCGUUCAUGAAGAAAUACCCAAAUAGAGUUACAGAGAAGGGAUUACAAAUGAUCAAGGCAGAGUUCCGCUCACAGGAAAAUUGCUUCCACGCUGUAUACCACCAAAACCGCUUCCAAACAUUGACGUACAAUGAUGAAAACUUGUAUGUGCUCAUGGCUGAUGUUAUAUACAAAUCCCACGGUUGCUUCUGGGAGCAAUACGACACUCCUGCAUAUAUGGACGACAGGUUCAAACCAUACUCGCUAGCUGCGGAUCAGGUGAAAGUAAUAACUCCAGCAGGUACGCCAAGGGGGAAUGAAGAAGGUGUAAAACCCAUUCAAAGUCGUCCCUUAGAGCCAAAGGUUCAACUAGUUAACGAGGCAAAGCAACUGGAGAAACCCAAAAUGGAGGAAUCCCCUCCCGUGGUACCCGAACUACGUAUUGACAUAAAUGAAGCAGGAAAAUCAAGUUCUGUGAUGAACAAUACUGCCGAAACUGGUAUUAAUAAAUUAGACAACAAGGGCAAUGAAGAGCAUGAACCACUUAGGAUACAACAAACUGUUGAAGAAAAUCACGUUAACCAGGCUGGAGCUACUCUCAUGAAGAUGAUGCCUGAAUUAGCCGCUCAAAACGAGCCAGCAAAACCCAAUAUCCCAGCACACCCUGGGCCAGCCAUAUCCUUGUCCAUAGAACAACCUGAAGAACCACCAAAGAUACCACGGAGGACCAAUGAAUUUAGUCAAGCUGGAUCCGCAAGUCUAUUGCGUAAAAAUAAAGAACAAAAUGGACAGAAAAAGAGUGGUAAAUGUGGUUGCCAGCGAUUGAGACUUAAUGACCUUAUGGAAGCCCUUCGUGGAAGACGGUAAAAUAAAAUCUAAAUACUUAUUGGAGGCAACAUGGAAUAUUCCAAUCUGUUAAUACAACAGUGUAGUUGCCCAUAAGUGGGAUAUCCAUGGAUAUGACUAAAUAUGUCGAUCGAUGGGAUAGUAAACACAAAUGGAAACCAUGAUGCUACGCUACACCAACACAGAGGGAAUGUUGCCUCUAUUAAAAGAUAUAUGAUCUCGAAAAUGCAAUCUCUUGAAAUAUGUAUUAACAAAUUCGUGUGUUGAACAACUGGUUCAUUGUCAGUUGGUGGAGUCAAACACAUACUCCUUUACGUCCCCUAAAGUGUGCACAUGUAUCUAUAAUAAUAUAAUCUUG